GUCGUGCGUUGGUUUCAGUUCGCGCACGGCUGCCGCGGAGUAAGGACGUGGUGAGAAGUUUUUCUUGGCGCGUACGUUUGUGAGUGAAAGAGAGAAAUUCGUCUCGUCCCGCAGACCAUCUCGCCGUGUCGCUUGCUCGUUAACAUCAUUUUGCACGCACGAAUGCCGAUUAAUCGUCAGUCAUGAUUAUUGCCGAGACGCGCCACCUCCUGCCGAGCACGCUGCCGCUUCUGCUGCUGCCGUUCAUCCUCGUGGUCACGACAUACGCCAGGUCUUGGGAUUUGGCCGUGGUUAUCGACAACGGUGGAAUCGACUUUUUUGCGAAGAACGGCACAUUAAUGAACCACGCUAAUAUCGAAAUAGCUAAGGAAUUGAAUGGAAUAACGUACGAUUACAACACUCAAACGAUGUAUAUAUCUGACAUUGAUCCAAAUAGCAACAUAACUGUAUUCAACGUUUUUACAAAGAAGAAUUUCACAUCAACUCCUCUAAUUAAAAAAGACAGCGAGAUGCACAUCCUCGGGAUCGCUUUCGACAAAUCAUCGAACACUUUGUUUUGGACCGACAUUAAACAGAACAUCAUCGUGAAAAUGUCGUUAAACGGUGAAUCGAGUACGCCUAUCGUUAUGCAUCAAUUCACCGAUGCCAGUCCACGCGACAUUGCCAUCGACGCGUGUAACAGACGCAUAUACUGGACGAACAACAAUCUCCAGAAGCCCACUAUCGAGUCUUCUACACUCGACGGAAAGGAUCGAACGACUAUCGUCAAUACUGGCCUAUAUCAACCGCUGGCAUUAGCGAUCGAUCAUGCGGAGCAGAAGUUGUACUGGAGCGACGACUCCCAGGGGAAUGACUUCAAGAUCGAGCGUAGCAACCUGGACGGCAGCGAGCGGGAGGUGCUGAUCGACAGCAGCCACCAUCAGCCGGCUCACCUGGCGGUGGACAAUGAGUCGGUGUACUGGUCCGACUGGAUAGAGAGGGCGGUAUGGACUAUCCCGAAGAACGGCAACGGCCGAAUCACACCAGUCAAGUUCGCGUCGUAUGACCCUAUUCAUCCAGCCGGCAUCGUUACGCGCGACAACGAAGAGAACAAUUGCGCGGCGAUCUUUUCGCAGAUGGAGAAGAGGACGAAAUUCCCGGAACAAAGGAACGAACCUCUUCGAACGACAACCGAGCGGUCUAGCGAUCCAGCCAUCGUCGUAACGGAGAAACAAUCGACUAUCGGAAUGGAGACUCAGCCAACUACCGGAAUGGGGACGGAGCCAACUACAAGAAUGGAGACGAAAUCAAUUCACGGAACGAAGAUACCACCUAUCAAAAAGGAGACAACGGAUUUGACCACCGAGUGCUCCAACUACUGCCUGAACAACGGCAAACGCAAAACAGAUGGCACGUGCCAAUGCAAGCUAGGGUUCUACGGAUACUUUUGCGAAAUUUCUCACUGCUACAAUUACUGUCUUCACGGUAAUACUUGCACUAUAAACAGUCACGGACUGCCCGAGUGUAAAUGUAAGGCUAACUUUAGUGGCGCCCGAUGCGAAAGGAACAUUUGCGACGGUUACUGUCUCCACGACGGUGAGUGCUCUGUCCAGAAUGGAAAACCGUAUUGCGACUGUAAAUAUUCCAAAGGAACCCGAUGUGAGGAGCUGAGCAGCAUCGUGCAGGUCGCGAACGUGACUAAUCGCGUCGAGUCGUUCAGCGAAGCACCUUGCAGAUGCACGGACGCUAAUCGAACGGCCGAAAGGAUCAUCAGUGCGGGCCUGGAAAACUCUACGAUACUGCCAAUAUUCGUAGCCCUCACCGGACUGUUCCUGCUAACGACCGUCGUGCUCAGUUACUACGUGAACAAAUUGCGAAGGCGGCCGCGCAUUAAGAAGCGCUACGUGGUUGGUAAGGGCGUGACGCAGCUCACAUCCCGGCCGCAGAUACCGGAUAAUCAGUGCGAAAUUACCAUAGAGAAUUGCUGCAACAUGAAUAUCUGCGAAACUCCGUGUUUUGAACCGAAAUUACGAACCGAGGCGCCAAGAAGCAAAAAGACGAAAAAAGAAGAGAAGCAUUCUCUGUUGGAUAACAUGGAUAAUUCGUGCUAGCACAGACUGCUCUCGUCAUGUCGUGUGAAAUGGCGAAACGGGGGAGACUCUGCACGGGCUCUGUGCCGCGCCGGGGAUCGUAUUUGUGGGGUUGUCCCACGUCUAUGCGCGCUACGGCUGAUUUUAGUAUUGUUGUUAAGUUUGGAAGUGUCCGUGUUCACAGGACGACGCGCUGCGGCGGUUUUGCUCCAUCGUGGAAAAGGAAGCCAAAGGUCUUUUUAGAAGGUCCUAUUUCUUAAUACGUCAUACGCGCUAGGGCUGUGUUUUAGAACCAUUUCUUCGCUUUAGUAGUCAUUCGCAUUUGUCAUUCGACUUCGUUAGAAGGCUUGUUCCAAGGCAAAACGCGAAGCGCUGCUCCAAAUUCUACGUGCACCGGCUCUCGUUUGCGACCGCGUACGCGAAUGACAUACGCAGUAAAGAUUAUGAAGACUUGAAAUUAGCGUAAGGCAGUUUUAAAUUGAACUUUGUUGUGAAAGAUCGAAAUUUUUCAAGCUUUUCAGAGUUCCAUAAUAUGAGUUCCAAAUAAAUACAUAAAUAACGAUAAUUUAUUUUAAUUAUUAGUCACUCAUUCUUUGAAGUCUUCAUAACGUAUCUUGUGCCUUUACUUGAAACACAUGUCGCGGGCUUACGCUCGUAAGAUUUGGAGCGGCGUUUCGCGUUUUGUCCUAAACAAGUGUCUAGCGAAGUUGAAUGAUAAAUGAGAUUAUAUUAGGAUAUUUGUAUAUAUUAUACACAUAAUUUUGUGAUUAUUUCAAAUUUUUAUGAAGCAUACAACACUUGAUGAUUGAAUUGAUUUGAAAAACGACAUUGCAAAAUUUUAAGUCUAAAUGGCUUAUAAAAUAUUCGAUAACCUUUUAACACGCAGAAUUCUCAAUGAAAAUUCAUAUCGCUAACUAAAGAGGGAAAAAGAAGAUGCGUAUAUGAUUGACAUCGAUAUUCGAGCAAGCGAAGGGGAACCGUGUGCACAAUACCUAAGGAUCUUUCCAUAAUUUUCAUACAUAGCUGCCGAACAACAUUCGUAACUCAGGCUCUCUGAUAUGGAAAGUCUUCUCAGAUUCUUAUAUUUUCAUAUUUUAUCCCGUUUGUUGACAAAUUGAAAGAAACUCGUACGUACAACAUUGAAAACAAACUAAAGCUAAAAGAGAGAGAGAAAGAGAAAGAGUGAAGGAAAAAAGAAACAAAUUAUUGCAGUCACGGGGGUGCGCAAAAGUUGCCUUAAGCGGUAAUUCUAAUCGUUGCUCAAAGUACCAUCGCGUACAUUCCUGAAGAAAAUUUAGAUCGCGAUACGGCAUCGCAGAGAUAAGUGAUCCUUUCAUCGUGUUUUCUUGACUGAGCUUCGCGGCGCCUAUACUCAAAUGGAAAUUACAUCAUUAAUCGAUUUUAUCAGUUUUUUCGUAAUUCGAUGUAUUUUGAACGUUAUGCGAUCCGUUGUCGGUCUUUGCAUGCGUCGAGAAUAUAGUCACGUGCAAUGACUAUAGCUUGGCGAACGUUUCCAAUUUCACUCUCAGUUGACACACGCACACACACACACACACACACACAGGCACACAUUUGUUUUCAUUCUUCUCGCAAAAUUAUUCGUAUUUUGCCACUGACUGAUUGUUUUUGUCACAUUUAGAAUACAAUAUAUACAUGUGUGUGUGUAUGUGUGUGUGUGUAUACACACAUAUAACGUUCAUACAUUCAUUGAUAAAAAGCUCGAGUUGCAUCGUGCUUAUACGCAUCCAAAAUUCUUUAACGUGUACCGAUAUUGGAUAUUUGAAGUCUUAAUCGAUUCAGAAAUCAUUAUCAUUAACGUAAGUUCGCAUUAAAGAUACGCGGCGUAAAUUUAUAUUUAUUAAUGUCUAAGCAACUGAAUAUACAUAAUAUAUAUACAUGCUAUCAUUGUGAGGUGUAUACUAGAUAAAAAUAAGAAACACGUUCAGAGUUACAAAUAAUUCUCGCUGAUGAACGAUCGGAUACCCCAGUGACAAAUAACACUGCAGAUUUAUAAAACUUUGUCAGAAGUUUUCGACGUAUUUAUAUACGAUAAUGUACGUAAUCUUGGUUUCUCUACUUCUUAAAGCUGUCAGUUUCCGUAUAAUAUCAUUUGAGAAUAGCAGAGCGACACUCCGAAACUCCGAAAACUUUUGUUCCGUAUCGAUAGGUCGCGACGCGAGGCCAACUUCUCGAAGUCUUCUUUCCUUCCACUUUUAUUCCAUCGCGAGAGCGAAAUUGCUUAUUAACUUUUAUUUAGAAUAUAUACGUUUUAAUUGGGGCGAUUAGCGCGCGUGCGAGAACACGCGCCAGGAUAAAUAACGUAGUUAUGCCUAAAAUUGCUUUCAUUGCUGUAAACUUUUCGAAGAGAAAUGGUGUCAAAAGCUUUGUUUCUCUCAACGGCCACACUUGAGGAAAUAUCGACACUGGCCAGCAGUUACUUAAAGCGUAUAACUUUUACAUACACCAAAGUUGUUUUCAAUAGUAGUAAUAACACGAGACAGAGUACAAUUAUUGGUUUGCAAGAUUUAUCACGUCGAGCCAAGACUUGUACUUCUUGGUUGGCGGUGUUGCAUUAACCAUACGUAGGCAAACUUUGUUUUAAAACUCUUCAUUUACAUAUAUAUAUAUAUUUUUUAAUUAUAAUCGCAUCGUAAAGUGGCAAACCAAUGAUUAUCAUGUUAUUCAUUAAUUCUUUGUUCAUAGGGUUUAUGUUAAUCUUAAUAAUACGGAAUGAUGUUCCUGUCGUCGUGACAAAAAAAAAAAAGAAAUCAUUCGCAAUACAUGACGAUGCUUUUUUCUGUUCCUGUAUACGAUAGAUGCUACUUGAACUGCGACCUUUGCUUUUUAAAUCUAAUGUAUAAUUUUAUACUAGAAAGAUAUAUUUGCGACAUUGCCCAACUAAAUAUAUAUAUACACAUUAAAUAUAUAUGUAUAUAUAUGUAUAUAUGAAAGUUGCGCGAUUACGUAUCAUUGUGUUUGGAAAAUAGCCCUCUCCCGCACACUCAUCCCCAGAGACGGGAUAGUGGAUUUAUGGUGAAAGGGUUAUAUUCCUAUAAAAAAAAAAAAUAACGCCAUGACGGUGCACAGUAUGCAAUACAUGUUGGUACUAUUUUAUAUAUAUAUUAUACAUCAGGGUUUAAGUGAUCAGGGUAAAUCAGGAUCGUGAAAGUUUGUUACGUACUUUUCUUGAAUUCGUGGUUCGUGUAUCGAACGAUAUUUUAAGACUAUUUUUAUGCAAAAGCGUUAAUCUACCGCUUCGAAUGAAAUCUUUUAUCCGUGUAGAAGUUCGAGAAUUUAUCUUAAAUAUGUGUACUUACAUUUGUAUAUGUUGUACUUAACUUGUAAUUAAAACAGACGCUUCGAAGCCUCUGAUCAAUUUCGAAAAACAUAUUGCAUACUUUACAUCUCUUUAUAAUAGUUAUAAUGCUGGUUGCUAUUGUAUACAGAUAAAAGUGGAAUAAAAUGGAUUAUCUCUUA